UUUGUCGCUGCCGCUGCUCCAAUGUCGGCUCAGCGAGCGCGGCUGAUCUGCGCUCCCCUCGUGUCCAACUCGACCUUGUUCUCAUCCCCACCGUCCGCUUCAUCACCAUCAACCACUGCAUCAUCAUCAUCACCAUCAUCAUCCACUGCAUCGGCGGCGGCGGCGGCGGCGGCGUCGUCCUUCCUCACGCAGUGGACUGCCAUUGUCAAUGACAUUGUCGCUCAGUCGUCCGCCAUGCUCAACCGUCGCAUCGCAGCGACCGCCUCAUCCUCAGCGACCGUCAAUGAGCAAGUGACUGCUGCAUUGGAAACGCGUGCACUUCUUGCCAAGCUGGACAAGCGGUGUGGUGACCUGACGGUCGCGAUUCAGCUGUUGCGGAGGGUCGAUUCUCAGCUCGCAGUGCUCGUCGACUCGGACGCAGCAGCCGCCAUCGCAUCGGGAGCCAUGCUGGAAAAUGCCCAGUCCGAGCCUUACGUGUUUCCGGGAUGCACGCUCACACGCUUGGCGCUCAUGGUCCGGGAAGUCACAGCCAUGUUUGUACGCCAGUACGCGCUGGUAGUAUCGUCGGUCGACUUGCUCCAAGGCACAAGCGACCGCGAACAAGGGACGGUGAUUCUUUCUGCAAUGCUGCACCAGCCCUACAUUAAUGAAAAGACCGUAACGCUGCUACUUGGAUGGAUUCGUGAUGCCAUCACCACGGAGAGCCGAGCUGUGGCGUAGAUACAGGCGGAGACUCUCCCCCCCCCCCGUGUCCAAGACAAACAAGUCGAAGCCAUCUCCAUCCACAACGACACAAAAACCCACAAAAAAUUCCAAACUCAUCCGUCCGCAAGAUGUUUUUUCUGCUUUCGGCUACAGUGUCACACAGCUUGAUGGGCGUGUGUAGCGCACAAAGUGCAGAGGCAGCAACCCCCGUGGUUUUUCUCAGCCGAGUUGUUGACCAAUGCUCCGCCCUGCUCCCCAGGUCUUCCAGCUCGUGCAAGAUGCGUUGACAUUUUUUUCAACCGUCCAUGAUGCGCUCCGGCUACAAUUGGAACUCGGCAUCACGACCAGCUCCUCGUUUACCUGUUUAACCCUCCGCUGAGAUUUCUGGACGGUUUUUUCCCACCGUUGAAGGGCUCUUCUUCCACUGGCGAGAGUUAUUCUGAUUGUUUGAUUCGUUCUCUGCGUUUUUGUCGCUUGCCACACCCCUCCUCCUCCUCCUCCUCCUCCUCCGCUUCCUGUCCUCCUCCUCCUCCUCCUCCUUCUUCUGUUCCUCCUCGAAUGGCAAAAAGGCGCCAAAUUUCACGUUCUAAAAUGAAUCAGUCUUUCUUCUCC